UUCAUUAGUUCCUUUUUGCACCGCCCCCCUCCCCGUGGUUCACUUUCACUCCGCCCGCCGCGGUGGCGCAGAUCUGUUCUCCGUGUUGAAGGUUUGCUGAAGCUCAGAGUCUCUGUGACCGGAUGUGGAUCAGCUGAACGUCCUCAGUGUUGUUGUGGUGACAGAGUGCAGCUCUGCAGCAGCUAUGGAUCAGUGUGAGGAGAGAGAGGAGGGGGAACAGGAAGCUCAGAGGAUGCAGCGACAGAAACCAGACUCUCCUGAACCCAGCUGUGUGUCCUUGAAGAGUGACUGGUCCAUGGGUCGCCCCAUUAACUUUAAGGUUGGACAUCCUGCUGAAGGAAGGACAAAGCAUCACAAACGGGACUCUCAGGGACCCAGCUGUGUGUCAGUGAAGAGUGACCAGUCCAAGGAUUUCCCCAUUAGCUUUAAAGAUGGACAAUCUGCUUAUCCAAAAGUUCAGCAGAAGAGCUCAAAGAUUCCCAGUGAUCAGUCUGCUCAGCAGCAUCCAACAGACCUGGACUCCAUAUUUAUGCUGCUGGAGGAGAAUAUUAUCACUUUUGUGAAGAAUGAGCUGAAAAGAGUCCAGAGGGUUCUGAGUCUAGAUUACGCAGAUUGCUUAGAGAGUCAGAGUGAGGAUGAGGAGGUGUUGGGCAGUGAGAAUGAAGACCGGAGGAGGAGCAGCAGAGAGGCCUUUCUGAAGAUCACACUGGACUUCCUAAUGAGAAUGAAGCAGAAGGAGCUGGCUGACUGUCUGCAGAGCGGAACUCAUGCUACAGUGUGCCAACGUAAACUCAAGUCUAGCCUGAAGAAGAAGUUCCAGUGUGUAUUUGAGGGGAUUGCUAAAGCAGGAAACCCAACCUUUCUGAACCAGAUCUACACAGAGCUCUACAUCACAGAGGGAGGGACUGCAGAGGUCAAUGAUGAACAUGAGGUCAGACAGAUUGAAACAGCAUCCAGGAAACCAGACAGACCAGAAACAACCAUCAGACAAGAAGACAUCUUUAAACCCUCACCUGGAAGAGAUGAACCAAUCAGAACAGUGAUGACAAAGGGAGUGGCUGGCAUUGGGAAAACAGUCUUAACACAGAAGUUCACUCUGGACUGGGCUGAAGACAAAGCCAACCAGGACAUACAGUUCACAUUUCCAUUCACUUUCAGAGAGCUGAAUGUGCUGAAAGAGAAAAAGUACAGCUUGGUGGAACUUGUUCAUCACUUCUUCACUGAAACCAAAGAAGCAGGAAUCUGCAGGUUUGAAGAGUUCCAGGUUGUGUUCAUCUUGGAUGGUCUGGAUGAGUGUCGACUUCCUCUGGACUUCCACAACAAUGAGGUCCUGACUGAUGUUACAGAGUCCACCUCAGUGGAUGUGCUGCUGACAAACCUCAUCAGGGGGAACCUGCUUCCCUCUGCUCGCCUCUGGAUAACCACACGGCCUGCAGCAGCCAAUCAGAUUCCUCCUGAGUGUGUUGACAUGAUGACAGAGGUCAGAGGGUUCACUGACCCACAGAAGGAAGAGUACUUCAGGAAGAGGUUCAGAGAUGAGGAGCAGGCCAGCAGAAUCAUCUCCCACAUCAAGACUUCACGAAGCCUCCACAUCAUGUGCCACAUCCCAGUCUUCUGCUGGAUCACUGCUACAGUUCUGGAGGAGGUGUUGGAGACCAGAGAGGGAGGAGAGCUGCCCAAGACCCUGACUGAGAUGUACAUCCACUUCCUGGUGGUUCAGACCAAACUGAAGAACAUCAAGUAUGAUGGAAGAGCUGGGACAGACCCACACUGGAAUAAAAAGAGCAGGAAGAUGAUUGGGUGUCUGGGAAAACUGGCUUUUGAGCAGCAGCAGAAAGGCAACCUGAUCUUCUAUGAAUCAGACCUGACAGAGUGUGGCAUCGAUAUCAGAGCAGCCUCAGUGUACUCAGGAGUGUUCACACAGAUCUUUAAAGAGGAGAGAGGGCUGUACCAGGACAAGGUGUUCUGCUUCGUCCAUCUGAGCGUUCAGGAGUUUCUGGCUGCUCUUCAUGUCCAUCUGACCUUCAUCAACUCUGGUGUCAAUCUGCUGCCAAAGGAAGUGUCAGAAAGCAAAUCUACAGAUUUCUAUGAGAGUGCUGUAGACAAGGCCUUACAGAGUCCAAAUGGACACCUGGACUUGUUCCUCCGCUUCCUCCUGGGUCUUUCACUGGAGGCCAAUCAGACUCUACUAAGAGGCCUGCUGACACAAACAGGAAGUAGCUCAGAGAACAAUCAGGAAACAGUCCUAUACAUUAAGAAGAAGAUCAAUGAGAAUUUGUCUGCAGAGAGAAGCAUCAAUCUGUUCCACUGUCUGAAUGAACUGAAUGACCGUUCUCUAGUGGAGGAGAUUCAACAGUCAUUGAGUUCAGGAAGUCUCUCUACAGAUAAACUUUCUCCUGCUCAGUGGUCAGCUCUGGUCUUCAUCUUACUGUCAUCAGAAAAAGAUCUGGAGGUGUUUGACCUGAAGAAAUAUUCUGCUUCAGAGGAGGCUCUUCUGAGGCUGGUGCCAGUGGUCCAUGACUCCAACAAAGCUCUGCUGAGUGGCUGUAACCUCUCAGAUAGAAGCUGUGAAGCUCUGUCCUCAGUUCUCAGCUCCCAGUCUUGUAGUCUGAGAGAGCUGCACCUGAAUAACAAUGACCUGAAGGAUUCAGGAGUGAAGCUGCUUUCUGCUGGACUGAAGAGUCCACACUGCAGACUGUCAGUUCUAAGCCUGUCAGGUUGUCUGAUCACAGAGGAAGGUUGUGCUUCACUGGCCUCAGCUCUGAGCUCCAACCCCUCCCAUCUGAGACAACUGGACCUGAGCUACAAUCAUCCAGGAAACUUAGGAGUCAAGCUACUGUCUGCUGGGCUGGAGGAUCCACAAUGGAGACUUGACACUCUCAGGCUAAGUGGCUGUAACCUCUCAGUGAGAAGCUGUAAAGCUCUGUCCUCAGUUCUGAGCUCCCAGUCCUCUAGUCUGAGAGAGCUGGACCUGAGUAACAACAACCUGAAGGAUUCAGGAGUGAAGCUGCUUUCUUCUGGACUGAAGAGUCCACACAGCAGACUGUCAGUUCUCAGGUUAAGUGGCUGUAACCUCUCAGGGAGAAGCUGUGAAGCUCUGUCCUCAGUCCUCAGCUCCCAGUCCUCCAGUCUGAGAGAGCUGGACCUGAGUAACAACAACCUGCCGAGUUUAGGAAUGAAGCAACUUUCUUCUGGACUGAAGAGUCCACACUGCAGACUGGAAACUCUCAGGUUAAGUGGCUGUAACCUCUCAGGGAGAAGCUGUGAAGCUCUGUCCUCAGUCCUCAGCUCCCAGUCCUCCAGUCUGAGAGAGCUGGACCUGAGUAACAACAACCUGCCGAGUUUAGGAAUGAAGCAACUUUCUUCUGGACUGAAGAGUCCACACUGCAGACUGGAAACUCUCAGGUUAAGUGGCUGUAACCUCUCAGGGAGAAGCUGUGAAGCUCUGUCCUCAGUCCUCAGCUCCCAGUCCUCCAGUCUGAGAGAGCUGGACCUGAGUAACAACAACCUGCCGAGUUUAGGAAUGAAGCAACUUUCUUCUGGACUGAAGAGUCCACACUGCAGACUGGAAACUCUCAGUCUGUCGGGUUGUCAGGUCACAGAAGAAGGCUGUGCUUCACUGGCCUCAGCUCUGAGCUCCAACCCUUCCAAUCUGAGAGAACUGGACCUGAGCUACAAUCAUCCUGGACACUCAGGAGUGAAGCUGCUGUCUGCUGGACUGGAAGAUCCAAACUGGAGACUGGACAUUCUCAGGGUGGACCAUGGUGGAGUGCAGAGACUGAAACCAGGCUUUAAGAAGUAUGCCUGUGAACUGGAGCUGGACACAAACACAGUGAGCAGAGAGCUCAAACUGUCCGACGGCAACAGGAAGGUGACAUAUGUGGAACAGGAGCAGUCAUAUCCUGAUCAUCCAGACAGGUUUGACUGGCCUCAGCUGAUGUGUACAAAUGGUCUGACUGGUCGCUCCUACUGGGAGGUGGAAUACAAAGGAAGAGUUGAUAUAGCUGCGACUUACAGGAGAAUCAGCAGGAGAGGAAACAGGAAAGACUGUUUGUUUGGAGACAAUGAUCAGUCCUGGAGUCUGAGCUGCUUUGGUGCUGCGUACUCUGUCUGUCAGUAUAACAGAGAAAUAUUCAUCUCCUCCCUCCGCGAUAACCUCCCUCUCGUCCUCCUCCUCCCCCCGCCCUCCCCUCCCUCCUCUAACAGAGUAGCAGUGUAUGUGGACUGUCCUGCUGGCACUCUGUCCUUCUACAGAGUCUUCUGUAACAAACUGAUCCACCUCCACACCUUCAACACCACGUUCACUGAACCUGUUUAUCCUGGCUUUAGGCUCUGGUCUGGUUCCUCAGUGUCUCUGUGUUCUCUGUAGGUCAGAAACACUGCUGACUGAAGAUCAGCACUCACAGUGUGUCUCAGACUCAAACGCAUCGUCACUUUGAUUAUCAACAUUUUACCAGUGUAACCAGAAACACAUAUGACACGCUGCUCUGUUUGUUUGUUUGUUGUUUUGUACCUUUCAAAUGGAAGAGAGAAGAGAGAAAAAGUGCUGCUGAUAAUGAAGCUGAGCGCAGUAAAGAAUCAACUGAUGAAACCUUUGUAAGGCACAAAACCAGUACAAAGUGAACAGCUCUGCAAACAAACAGGAAACAAACACACUGGCAGGUGAAAUGUUUUAUUUCACAAACUGAAGCUGCUGCUGAGAUGGAAGUCACACGAUCUGUUUAAUGUGGAGGUAAAAACAAAAAGCUCUAAUACUGUAAGAAGCUCUGCAGUCAGCUGACAAUUCCAAACCAACUGCCUUCUGGGAAACUGAGUCCAGACAGAGUUGAGGCCUCAGUCGUCUCCUCCGCACAGACUGAGCAGAGCCUUCUGGUAGUCUCCUUUAGUGUGCUCCUGAAUAACAAAGACAUAAUAAUAUUAUCAUCAAUAAAACUUUAUGAACAAAGCAAAAAUAAA